CUACCAACCUGCUGCCUCCCCUUCAGAGUGAACGAAGCACACCCAUCACAUGUCUUUCUUCACCCUGCGUCUCGCCUUCACUCUCAGUCACUCCACACUCCCGGCUUCUCUUGAGAUACGCGGACAACUCUCUCGUCGCCGUCUUUCUCUCACAAGCUCGAAGUCGAUCUUUGGCAUAGCGCUUCCAAGGUUCACGCUCACGCUCUCAAUAUGCUUGCGUAAUUGUACACGCUGUUUAUCAUACCUGCGGCCUCGGUUUGGCGCCGUCGAUAUGCUUUGCUGGCAUCCAACACCAACGAGAACGAGAUAUAUGAGGGAGUUGUCCAUGGAUAGCGGUGAAUAAUGGGAGCUGGCCGCAACCAUCGAUGUCUAUCCCGACCUCGUCGAACGCGCCCAAAGUAACGCUCUCAAUAUUCAUCCCGAUCUCAUUACUGUCACAGCGACUUACAUCUUACAGACAAGAUUACCACUAUCUCAAACAUUAUGCUCAUGUCUAUGGGCUCCUUG